CUCUUCAGUCAACAGCUACGGUGUUUUUACAUGCAAACUGUUUUAUAGUCUUGUUGGGUUUCCACCUCACCAAAUAAUUCCACAACGAUGAGUGUUUUAUGAAGGGCGUUGAAGCUUUUUCAAGGAAACAACAGCACUGGAAAACCUUUGGACUCGGAAUGAACACCUCAAAUAGCAAUCCACCUGUGACCAGGGCCAAGCCUGCUGAUCUUUGAUCACGGCACAAAGAAGCAGGAACUGAUGGAUAACGUGUAGGUACGCUGUGAGAACGACGUGUUCACUACUAUGGAAUAAUAUCCACCGGAGCACACCUGACAGGUUUGAAGUGGGAGUGCUGCUGAGUUUACUAAGAAAACCUCCGACAAGGAUUGAAAAUGUUGACCAACUCUCGUCCCUUUUCUUACUCCCCACGGGGUUUCUCACCAGAAGAGCUUCCUCAGUCGAGGUGGACUUUCCAACAAGAUGAUUCUAGGGGGUCCUCGCCUCAGGGCUCUCGGAGAAGCGUACCCAGACUGACUGCCAAAUCCAUAUACAUGCAGAGAAAGGAGUACUCGGAGUCGCUGACCAGGCAGUCCGACAACAUUAACGUCAAAGUGGAGCACUUGCUCACCUGCGAGCUGGACGGCCAGCAACUGGCAACGAUGGAUGACUGCGUGGCCAAGCUCCAGAGACUCAAUGCUAAAGGUCGCCUGUGGUCCCAAGAGAUGAUCAUGGAGGUCCAAGGGGCGUACCUGCUGCUCCUUGACAUUGAGAACAAAGCAGAGCUGGAGGCUCUCCCGCUGCUGAACAUCCAACAAACCAAAGCAGUGUUGGACAGUUGUGCUUACGACUCCCUGCUGCUGCUCACCGCCAGGGAACGAAGCAAGCGCUUCCCCCAGGUCUUCAUCUUCCAGUGUGAGGAGAUGGGGGCAGACCUUCUCAAGAGUGACAUAGAUAAAUUUAUCCAACGUGGAGGCGGUGUUGUGGAACCACGCAGAGAGCAGGCAAUCAUGAGCCCACAAGCUGGAGCUCUGCAAGUAAGAAACCAGGCUCUGCCACUGGAGAGGCCCGUCCCGCAAUGGGCUGAAAGAGAUCCUGGAGGUUUCCGCCAGGCUGGACCUCGUGUUGCGCAGAGAGAGAGAAGUCCAAUGCCGCCAGAGCGCCCCAUCCCGCAGUGGACCCAGAGAGAACCUGACAUUCCUCCACCUCCUCGUUUUUUCGCCCCGCAAGAGGAAGCCGGUCCCCAACGUGACCUCAGCGGACACCGCGGCAGUCCUGAACUGACAGAUGUUGAGAGGAAUACGGAGAUUUUAAACCACAUUUUGAACGAUCUGGAGGUCUUCAUGGGCAAAGUGUUGGCCGCGACGGCCACUCCCGCGCAGGUCGACAAAAGCAAAAAGAAGGUUAAAAAGAAAAAAAACAAGAAUCCAGUUGUCAGCAUGCCUCCUCCUCAGGAAUUCAUCUCCUGUCUUCAGAAAAUCAAAUAUGGGUUCAAUCUGUUGGGGCAACUGGAUGGCUCACUGGUCAACACCAGCGCUUCUGACUACGUCCACUACUUCUUCAACAGUUUAGCAAUAAUUCUGCCUCAUUACCAUGCCAAUCUGCCCACAACCGUGCUCUCCCCACUGCUGACGGAGGCAUCCCUUAGGCUGCUCAGGCAAACAGUUAGCCCGGAGGAGGACCAGCUCUGGCAAUCUCUUGGGGACAGCUGGAACAUUCCCAGAUCUCGAUGGCCCGAUGAAGACGUCCCACCUUAUAUCCCGGAAUUCUACGACGGCUGGCGGCCGCCCGCCCAGCUCCCUUCUCAGAAUGGCCAAGUGGGCAGGAGUGGCAGCCAGCGCUUACCGCCGGGUCGGAACGACGACCGUCGCGACAACAUGCGUGUCAUGUACGACUUCGCGGCUCGCAACAACAGAGAACUCGCUGUGAUGAAGGGCGAAGUGGUUGAGGUGGUUCAGCGGUCCAAGCAAUGGUGGCUGGUGCGCAACAACCGCGGGGUGGAAGGAAAUGUUCCUCAGAAUGUUCUGGAGCCAAUGAGGAGCGGCUUGCCUGCUGAAAAUACGCGUCCGCCUCGGGGCCCGCCAACUCUUGACACAGUGUCUUCGCCUGCGGAGGUCAAAGCGUGGCUGCAGUACAAAGGCUUCUCCAAAAUCACCGUGGCCAGCCUCGGGGUACUGACGGGUAAAAUGCUGCUGCAGAUGAGCAAGGACGACAUGAGGACGGUGUGUCCAGAAGACGGAGCCAAGGUCUUUUUCCAGCUUCAGGCCAUUAAAUCGGCUAUUGCGCUCGCCAGCGAACCAUCAGGCCCUUAUGAUGCCCGCUACUAAUGACUCCCAUUGGGUUUUUUUUCGUUAAUUUUCAUCCACGGAUCAACAACUUUUUUUUUUUCAGCUAUCACCUUUGUGAUUUGCUGUCAUGUAUGCAAAAACCUAUUCAUCCAUAUUUAUUAUGCAUAAAUGUUGAGUUAAUCCAAAAUAUUCUAUCAAAUGACUCAAAACUAUAUGUCAUUUAUGAAUAAAUGAAGUCAAUAAAGUUGCAGACUGAGAAAAAGUUCCACUUUAAUC